CAUCAGGGUUCACUUGUUAAAAGUGAAUAAAUUCUGUAUUCAGUCUGAGCUCAAUUCUCAAAGUGUAAACAACAAAACGUGCCCGUUAAAUACUAAUAACAAAUUUGUAUUAUUUUUUACAUUGUUUAAACAAAAUGGCAAAUAAAACAAUUUUUAUUACAUUGUGCGCCUUAAGCCUGAUUGCGUUGACCUUGGCAGCUGGUGAUUGUCCUUCAUCGACUAAAGUUCAAACAUGUACUCCGAAAUGUUUACAUGACAGCGAAUGUAGUGCCAUAGGUGGUAAAUGUUGUUCUAAUUUAUGCAAUGGACGCUCAUGUGUCCAACCUAAUCUUUUGUCUAAUGCUGGCAGUCGUGAUACUUCUCCUUUCAGUAAAAAUUCUGGUUCCAGUGGUUCUUAUUGCGGUAAUGUCAAGUGCAGCGCUUUUGAAAAGUGCGAAAGCGAUCGUUCUACCAAGAGACCAAAAUGUGUACGUGCUUAAGUUAUAAACGUUUAAGAAACAAAAUAAAAUCCGCUAUAGACUUGCUUAUUAUUUGUUAAUAAAGUUUAAAACCAGUUUUGUAUUUUAA